AUGAAUUCAUCAAAGACCAGAGGAAAGAAAGCUGAGAAAGAUGUGAAGAAGCCAAAGAAGGUGCAGACCAAGCAAGGGCCGGAGUGUGAUAGUCCUCAGUUCCAGCAGCAGGACGAUACUGACUCAGCCAGUCCGCAGGACAUGUCAGCGGGACAUGUCAUUGAGGUUGAGGUCGACAAAUCGAGGACAUUUAUUCGUCUCAGAAACACGUCCAGUGAGGACCAAGAACUGGGAGGCUGGACGUUAAAAGUACAAGUCAACGACAAAGAACCCAUCUCAUACACAUUUGAGAAAUCAUUCAAACUCAGUCCUGGAAAACCUCUCACUAUGUGGGUUCAAAGUUUUGGUAGCCAUUUCUCUCCCACUGACCUGAAGUGGAAGGACCUGAAGUCCUGGAGUCCUGGAGACAAACUGCAGUUCUUCCUUUUCAACAACACUGGAGAGACACAACAUCUCUUAGUUCACAAUUAA